AGUAUGCAGAGAGAAGAUGCAGCAGCCACCAGUGACUCUUUCCCCCAGCUUUCCAUCCAUCUGGCCCCAUCAUCUCAGCCGCCCUCCCUCCAUCCUGCCUCUCCAUUAACCUGCCAUCCUCCACCGACUGCUCACCUCGUCUCCGCGGCGCAGACCGGCAGCCGUCCUGCCUCCGGCUGCUGUGCAGGAUGUGAGGGGAGCAGGCCACCUGGCUGAACUCUGGACGCUCCAGACGCUUCGCAGCCGCAGACUCUGGGAUGACCUGUCUGAGGAAAUCAGUCGGGCCGUCAGCAUGGUAGCGGGGCAUGUGGGCCGGUCCGAGGACAGCAGCCGACGCCAGCAGCCAUGGAGGUGGAGGGCACCGCGGAGCCGGACUACGUGGACGUGGACCAGGGUCUGACUCUGGCCUGCAUCGCCUUCCUCUGCCUGCUGCUGAUGGCCAUGAUCAUCCGCUGCGCCAAGGUCAUCAUGGACCCCUACAGCGCCAUCCCCACCUCCACCUGGGAGGAGCAGCACCUGGACGACUGACACGCACAAACACACAUGUGCAGCGAGUGCAUGUGUGUGUUCCCGUCUGUAACCGCGGACGAGCUCGGAGUGGGAGGGCUCUUCAUGGGUUCUGCAGCAUGGAAGUACAAACUUACCCACUUUGAAAUGAGACAAAAACAUUAAGCACACUGGUGUAUUCAAAGGAAAUGGAAUUUUCUCAUUUAGGAAUGUUUAAUAAUGUAGAAGCAUUUCAGUUUUUCUAAAACGUUGGAGCACCUGAGAGUAAAAGUCUGUGAGAUGGUCUGAAAGCACUUUCUGAAGCUCAAACUCUGAGAACGGUUCUCACACUGCCGUGGAUGUCGCAAAGGUACAAAAACACACAACUCUGCAUUUCCCUUUGUUUCAGAGCAAAGAAAUCCAUUCAGAACAGGCUCAGAUAUGAAACACAUCCAGGUGCAUGCGGAGGACAAUGAGUAAAGAUCGUUUGAUCAAUACAUGGAACAACUACAAGGAGAGAGGAGGUGGAGGCUGCUGCCGGUCUGCCGGCGGAGAAAUCCCCCUGAUGGAGGAUUACUAUUACAGCUCACGAGUAAAGCACAGGAAGCUGGGUUUUUCUGUCUGCCCAGAGACGUCUCGGUCGUCCCUGGCGCUGCCUUACAUUCAGAGAAACACAAUCAGUCAUGGCGAGAGGGAGCCGGCAUCAGACGAUCGCACUUUCCCUUUACGUCGUUACAGACCGAGACCACAAAAUCACAAACAAUGGGACGGCUCAGAGGCUUUACCGAGCAGGUUCUGCCUUUACUGUGAAAAAUACAAGACAAAUCUCUACCCUCAAAUUUUAACGUGGUAGCACUUUCUAUUGAAGCUACAUUACAACGUUUGCUUUUAUUGGUAAGGUUUGGCUAUUUCUGAACAGAUGAGUAAGAAUUCUAUUUCUGAAAUAGACGCACAAAUGCUGCCCCGUUCAGAAACAUCCGAUAAUCCUAACCCUUCUUGAAACUCAGAAAGUCAACACAUUCUGUAUUUCCCCCCAUUCAAACCCAAACAUCCCCGCUUCCAAUUGAAUAAUCUUUAUCAUUAAAACUGUUUAUUUAGUCAAAUUUACUUUUCACAGUUCUGAUUUGCUCUGCUCAGUUUCCAGUGUGGGUCACAGACUAAACUGCUCAUUGGAUCAAAUCUCACUACUCAAAUCUACUAAACUUGAAAACUAGACUACGCGUCAUGUGCUGCAUCGGUGGUCUACCUUCACUGAUCUCCAUCAUGACCGAUUCCACACCGAUGAAUCAGAAGUCAUGUGAUUCAGUUGGUACUGUCGUACCUCAUUUUCAGCGGCUGUAAAGUGUGUGUUGUAACCGGGGAAACGCCGGAGCCUGGGUCCUGAGCCUGUUUCUUGGGUUCAGGGUAAAGUGUCUGCACCUCUUCUGCUUCAACGUCGACCCGUCUCUUUAACAGCGUUCCCACUUUCUGGAGCUGUGAUGCCAAAUUACUGGAACGUCCCUUUAAAGUCACACAACAUGCAGAGUCGGCGGAGGAGGCCUUUGAGUCGUCGCUACAAUGCAAAGCACACGCGGAUGUUUUUGUAUGUUUUCUAAGCAAUUCUGACUCGACUGACUUCUAUUUGCUUGUCUGAGUGUCCACGGUGAACAUUCACAGACGAUCUGCGGCCGUCGGGCCGUCCCGGUGGCGGCCAUGCUUGAUUCUGCUGCUAUCGGAGCAUGUCCUCGCAGGCGUCCAGUCCCGUCCACGGCGUCCCGCCUCGGGGCAGCACGGACCGCCACACUCAUCGUUUUGCUUCGCCUGUCUUUAAAUUCAGCGUACGCUGGGGUCUUCCCGCCGCUGGUAUUUGCCGCUCUGCAUAGACAGCGUUCAAGUUGCAUGUAAUGAAGUGCCUAUGCUUACUGUUCAGCAGAAAGAGCCAUUCAGUGACUGAGCUGAUGGAGUUCCACAUCAGCCACCAAUCCCUUUACUUCCAAUUUCUAGGACAACCUGACUCUCGGACGGUAAAGUGACACAUUAGAAGAGUUAGGCUAAAGG